GCCGUAUUCCUGCAGCACCAGCGGGGACUGACGAGCUGCGCGUCUCAGUUCCUCCUCCUUUUCGCCUUCCUCUCCCCUCUCCUCUCCCUCCUAUACCUCCUCCUCCAUGCCCCUGCUCACUUCCCGCCUUCCUCAAAACUCCUCCCCGACCCAUGGGUCACCCCCCCCAGAUUGCCUCCCUGCUGCUUGAGCAGUUCCGCCCCUCCGAGCUGCCCGCCCCCUCCGCCCGCAGCUGGCUGGCUGCCCCCCCGCCCGCCCGCGCCGACCCGGGUGCGCACCUGGCCGCCUUCCCGCCCGCCUGCUGCCUGGCCCCGCUGAGCUACUUCGAGGGGUGGUCGGGGCUGCUGCCCGAGUAUAUCAAGCUUCACUGCCUGCAGGCGCCCGGCCACGGCUCCCGGCGCGGCGAAGACUCCCUGCUGCGCCUCUCCAAGCUGGUGCCCCCCUCCACCGCAGCCAUCAACUCCGGCCUGCCGCCUGACGCGCCGCUAGCGCUGUUUGGAGUGGGGCUGGGGGCGUUGUGGGCGUUCGAGGUGGCGCGGCGGUUAGAGUGCCUGUACCGGCGGCCGCUGGUGCACUUGUUUGUGUGCGCGUGUGCCGCGCCGCAGUGCUUCCCGGGCAGGAAUGGCAGCGAGGGAGGCGUGGGAGCAGGCGGGGGCGAGGCUGGGGGAGCAGCAGGGGGAGGAGGAGGAGCAGGCGGCAGCCCUAUGAAGCGGUUCGAGCCCUGGCGUACCUCUGCGCCUGCUGCUGCUGCUGCCCCCAGCGGCUCCCCGCAACAGCAACAGCAGCCCCAGCAGCCGCCCGCCUACCCGGGUGCCCCGGAGCUGUACGAGCUGCCGGACGAGGGGUUCAUCACCGCCUGCCGCAACCACCCGCGCUGCUCAAAACAGCUGAGGACCAAUGUGAAGGCGCUGGUGGAGCACGUGCCGCUGCUGCGGGCGGACAUCGAGAUGGAGAUGACGUACAACUUCACACCGCCGCCGCCCAGCCUGUGCGCCUCCGUGGCCGCUGUGCUGGCCAGCGUGACAAACAGGGCUGACGAGGAGGCGCGUGUGAGCCAGGGACUGCUCAGCUGCCCCAUCACCGUGAUAACGCCGGAGGACGACACCGCACUCACAACCGAGCUGACGGCGCCGUGGGACAAGUGCACCGAGGGCCAGGUUCGUUUCCUCUCCGUCCCCGGGGACUACCACUGCCUGGAGGACCG